GUAAACGGAAAAAAAAAAAACCCCAAAUUCAAAAUAAUAAAAAUAAAACCCUCUCACACCUUACCGCCUCUUCAUCUCACAAACCUCUUCUAAAACCCUAAGAGAGAGAAAAUCAACUAUAUUUCAUAACCUCUCAUCAUCAAUGACGUCUGAAGCAGAACCCGUCACAACGGAGGACAUGGAGCUUGAGAACGCCACGGGCAAGAGAGACAGAGAAGAAGCGGGAGAGGCAGCGGCGGUGAACGGCGGUGAUGCGAAGAAGCAGAAGGUGGAGGAGGAGAAGUCUGUUGAAGAGGAGAGGAUGGAGAAGUUGGAAGGAGGUGAGGAGGAGGAGAAACCCGAAAAAAGCGGCCCGGUGAUUCUCGGGCCGAAAACAUUCGGGACGUCUGUUGAGAUGUUUGAUUAUUUCUACAAGUUGCUGCAUCACUGGCCUACUAAUAUUAAUUUCAACAAGUAUGAGCAUCUGGUGCUGCUGGAGCUGAUAAACAAGGGUCAUCCAGAGCCAGAAAAGAAGGUCGGUUCAGGAAUCAACGGCUUUGAGAUUCGCCAACAUCCCGAGUGGAAAAGUCGAUGCUUUUUUGUGAUAAGAGCUGAUGAAUCUGUAGAAGACUUCAGUUUCAGGAAGUGCGUGGAUCACAUCCUUCCUUUGCCAGAAAACAUGAAGAUUAAAGGUGAUGUGAACAAGGCACUUGGUGGUGGAAGGAAUGGGGGAAGAGGGGGUGGUCGUGGCCGUGGUCGAGGAAGAGGAGGCGGGGGCAGAGGAGGGGGUGGCAAGUUUAGAAGGUGAUGAAACUGGCCUAUAAAGCUAAAUUUAAAAGUUUGAAGAGUUUUAUUGCCAGAUAUGCUGGUGCUACUAGUCCUAAGUAGUGUUUUGUUGCACCAAAUCUUUGUAAUAUCAAAUUUUUGGCUUAAUUUUAUGAAUAACUCCUUUCUUUUAGGUAAUAUCUUGUGUUAUAACAAAAAGUGUUUGAACUUUGAAGGGUAUAUUACCCUGUCCUAUUUUGGGAGCAGAUUAUUCAUUAGGCAUAAAGUUUGAGCAAUUAGACAGAGAGUGCAACCUUGAUUAUUCCAUUAUUCCA